UACACGGGCGGUCCCUUCAGCAAAAGCGUUGCAUUGUGGGAGCUCCUUCCUUUCUCGGUCCCCGGCCAUCUUGGAGCUAGACCUCUGGUCCGGGAUCCCCGCGCAGCAAUCAUGGUGGCCGCCAAGAAGACGAAAAAGUCCCUGGAGUCUAUUAACUCAAGACUUCAGCUUGUGAUGAAAAGCGGCAAGUAUGUCCUUGGGUACAAGCAGACUCUGAAGAGGAUCCGGGAGGGCAAGGCCAAACUUGUCAUUCUUGCCAACAACUGCCCGGCUCUGAGAAAAUCAGAGAUUGAAUACUAUGCCAUGUUGGCCAAGACCGGAGUCCACCACUACAGUGGCAACAACAUUGAGCUUGGCACAGCCUGCGGUAAAUACUACCGAGUGUGCACACUGGCUAUCAUUGAUCCAGGUGACUCUGAUAUCAUUAGAAGCAUGCCUGAACAGCAACCCAGUGAGAAGUAAAUUUGUACACCAAACUGUUAAUAAAUGACUGGUUUCCCAGGAAA